AUGGAAGGUAACCUUUGGGCAUCCGCGCCAUAUGGGCGUUCGUGUGCCAGCUGUGCCAAGUCCAAAUGUAAGUGUUUACUUUCAGAGACGAGUGGAAGUUGUUCAAGGUGUUUACGACUGGGCAAAGAAUGCCAACCUGCUAGUCGGGUUCGAAAGUCUAUUUCUGGACGUACUUCGGUGGCUGCAAAGACCGCACAGUUGGAGCGACGGCUAGAUGGACUAGUCACCCUUCUGCGAGCCACUGAGCCUACAUCUACAUCCAAUGCCAUCUUGUCUGAUCCGGAGCCCAGUAGUCUCCCCAGCCAUGGAGAGUCUCUCCCAGCCCCGACCGAUGGUACAGCAGCCGACGAAGAGAUUCUGAGUGAAUUUCGGCUGGAACAGCUGCCAUUCCUGCCCAUUGUGCAUAUCCCAGCUACUGCAACUGCCACCCAGAUGCGACAGGAAUCCCCAUUCCUCUGGCGUUGCAUAUCCACCCUAAAUCAGAAGAAUACCUCCCAGCAAACCACGCUACAUACAGAAAUCAAAGAAGUAAUCGCGAAGGCAUUGCUAGUUGAUUGUGACAGGAGUCUUGAUCUUCUGCAGGCCAUUUUGGUCUUCCUAGGGUGGAUCAGCUUUCAAUGUCAACCCCGUAAGGGAACAUUAGGGCCAUAUAUGCAAAUGGCAAUCAGUCUGGUGUUUGAUCUUGGGCUAAACAAGCCAACCUCACAAAACCCUAACAACAUGGCGCCAUCGCAAUGCUUCAAGGCCGGUCACAACUAUAUUAAGUCUUGGUUGUCACGGGUUCGGACCAUGAACGAACGAAGAGCGGUGCUCGGUUGUUUUCUUGUUAGCUCAUCAAUCUCCCAUUUCCUAGGCAGGGCUGAGUCCCUGCGAUGGACGCCGCACAUGAAGGAAUGCCUCGAUAUCCUGGCUGACAGCAAAGAAACGCCAAACGAUGCCCUCUUGGUGUACAUGACUCGGGCUUGUUUAAUUGCCGAUAACAUAAUGCGUGGACUUGGCCACGACUGCGACAUCCUGGCAGACGAUAAUGCACUUUCUCGAGCGCCCGUAAGAUUCUACAUCAAGGCGUUCCAGUCACAAUUUAUCGACCUCAGGGACCAAAUGCCGCCAGAUUUAUGCCAGAAUAAAGCUUUACAGUUGCAUCUAUAUUAUGCUGAAGCAAUGCUUUACGAGACCUGUCUGUCGAAACCCACUGGGGUAGACGGUGAUAUAGAUUUUACCCGGCUAGAUGACUUGUAUGCAUGUCUGUACGCAUUAAAGAAGUGGUUUCAGUUGAUUUUCGAUUUCCCUAUAAAGGCAUGGCUAUGUCUUCCGUCUACGAUUAUUCUCCCCGUAGCCCACUGUUUGGUCACCCUCUUCCGUCUCACCACGUUUGAGUAUCCAGGUUGGGAUGGAGCCACGGUUCGCCAAUCGCUUGAUGUUUUGUCCGUCACACAGCAAGUAGCGGACAAGUUCACCGAGGCAGCCGAGCAGGUAGGCCACCAGAACCAGGAUACUCUCGGCGCGUCGUUUUGUAGGGGCGCGAAAAUCACACUCACCUUACGAGCUAGGUGGGCAUCAAGGCUUCUGGAUAUGCAGCCAGCUUCUCUCGACAGCGUGGACAGUGUGAAAUCGCCGCCGCCGCCGCCGCCGCCUCCUGCUGAAUUUGACCAACAAUUUUUCGAUGCCUGGCUCUCAUUGCCAGACAUGGCCUUGUUAACAGAUUCUCUAAUGAUGGGCGGAUAACGAUGGCACAAUACAUACCUCUUUGACCGCAACGCCUAGUUAGAGCCUAUUAUAGAUCACUAAUGCUGUUUAGCCAUCAAAAACAUGUCAUAACUCUCCGCAGGGACUCUAUUUUUACUAUUUACACGUGGCUUCUUGGUAAUGCAC